AUGGCAGAAGGGAAUCACACUGAGGCAACUGAGUUCCUCUUGUUGGGAUUCACAGGCAACCCAAAGCUAGAAAUGUUCCUUUUUGUGUUCUUUCUCUUCAUCUAUAUGGUCAUCCUGCUGGGAAACCUUGGGAUGGUCAUAUUGAUCAGGAUUGACUCCCAGCUUCAUACCCCCAUGUACUUUUUCAUCAGCAAUCUGGCUUUCUUGGAUGUUGGAAUCUCCACCAUCGUUGCUCCCAAAAUGCUAAUGACCUUACGUGCAACAAGAAAAACUAUUUCAUUCACUGGAUGUGGUGUACAGUCCUUCUUGUUCUGUGUUGUUGUGACCUGUGAAUGCUGCCUGUUAGCAGUGAUGGCAUAUGAUCGAUUCGUAGCCAUCUGCAGCCCACUGUUUUACCCUGUCAUCAUGUCUAAAUGGUUCUGCAUGCUACUGGUCUUGGCCUCACAUCUAGUGAGCUACCUUUAUGCAAUAAUUCAGACUAUAACUAUAUUCAGAUUGUCUUUCUGCCACUCCAACACCAUUAAUCAUUUCUUCUGUGAUACACCCCCACUUCUAAAGCUGUCCUGCUCUAACACCUAUAUCCCUGAUACUGUUCAUUUUAUUUGGUGCACUUUGACUGUAGCAUCAACUACUCUGAUUAUCUUCAUCUCCUACAUACACAUUCUGGUUGCUAUCCUAAGGAUCAGCUCUGCUCAGGGAAGGCACAAAGCCUUUUUCACCUGUGCCUCCCACCUGACAGCUGUUACCAUCUUCUAUGGAACAGGGUCUUUCAUGUAUUUAAGGCUCAGUUCAAAACACACCAUGGAUCAGGACAAAAUCAUUUCUGUGUUUUAUACUUUUGCAAUCCCCAUGGUGAACCCCAUGAUCUACAGUCUAAGGAACAAGGUGAAAGAGGCCUUCAAAAGGACUCUAAAAAGGAAGUUUUAUUCUCAGUGA